AUGACAGGCAGCUCCACGCCGGAAUCUGAGUCCAGCCAGAAGGGUGUGAACUCAAACGCUGCUCCAAAGCAUCCUAGCGGCGUGACCUUGGACAGCGACCUGACCUCGGUGGGCCUCGGGCUUCGCAUCUCCGCCACAAGCUUCCCGAAAGGUGGCUGUCGGCCUUACCGGGGCGGGGAGGGGGCGCGGCGGGGGUCCCCCGGGGGUCCGGCGCGGCGCGGCGCGGGCGGUGGGAUCGCGCUCCCCGCGGCGGCCCGGCCCCGGCGCCCGGCACGGAACGGGUGCGGGGCUGGGCCACGGCCGGCCCGGUUCCUGGCCGUGCUGCUGGCCGCGGGCAUGCUGGCGUUCCUCGGUGCCGUCAUCUGCAUCAUCGCCAGCGUGCCCCUGGCGGCCAGCCCGGCGCGGGCGCUGCCCGGCGGCGCCGACAACGCCUCGGCCGCCUCGGCCGCCGCCGCCGCCGCCGCCGCCGCCGCCGCCGCCGCGUCCCCGGGCCCGCAGCGCAGUCUGAGCGCGCUGCACGGCGCGGGCGGCUCGGCCGGGCCCCCCGCGCUGCCCGGGGCGCCGGCGGCCAGCGCGCACCCGCUGCCGCCCGCGCCGCUCUUCAGCCGCUUCCUGUGCACGCCGCUGGCGGCCGCCUGCCCGUCGGGGGCCGAGCAGGGCGACGCGGCGGCCGGCGAGCGCGAGGAGCUGCUGCUGCUGCAGAGCACGGCCGAGCAGCUGCGCCAGACGGCGCUGCAGCAGGAGGCGCGCAUCCGCGCCGACCAGGACACCAUCCGCGAGCUCACCGGCAAGCUGGGCCGCUGCGAGAGCGGCCUGCCGCGCGGCCUCCAGGACGCCGGGCCCCGCCGCGACGCCAUGGCCGACGGGCCCUGGGACUCGCCGGCGCUCGUCCUGGAGCUGGAGGACGCCGUGCGCGCCCUCCGGGACCGCCUGGACCGCAUCGAGCAGGAGCUCCCGGCCCGUGUGAACUUCUCAGCUGCCCCCGCCCCUGCGCCUGCGAUGCCCACCGCCCUGCACUCCAAGAUGGACGAGCUGGAGGGGCAGCUGCUGGCUAAGGUGCUGGCCCUGGAGAAGGAGCGUGUGGCUCUCAGUCACAGCAGCCACCAGCAGCAGCAGGAAGUGGAGAAGGAGCUGGAUGCACUGCAGGACCGUGUAGCCGAACUGGAGCAUGGAACCUCAGCCUACAACCCCCCAGAUGCCUUCAAGAUCAGCAUCCCCAUCCGCAACAACUACAUGUACGCCCGUGUGCGGAAGGCACUGCCCGAGCUCUACGCCUUCACGGUAUGCAUGUGGCUGCGCUCCAGGUCGGGUGGCAGUGGCCAGGGCACACCCUUCUCCUACUCGGUGCCCGGGCAGGCCAAUGAGAUUGUGCUGCUGGAGGCGGGCCACGACCCCAUGGAACUGCUGAUCAAUGACAAGGUAGCCCAGCUGCCUCUGAGCCUGAAAGACGGUAGCUGGCACCACAUCUGCAUCGCCUGGACCACAAGGGAUGGCCUGUGGUCUGCCUACCAGGACGGGGAGCUGCAGGGCUCCGGGGAGAACCUGGCCGCUUGGCACCCCAUCAAGCCUCAUGGGAUCCUUAUCCUGGGCCAGGAGCAGGACACCCUGGGCGGCCGGUUUGAUGCCACCCAGGCCUUCGUGGGUGACAUCGCCCAGUUUAACCUGUGGGACCACGCCCUGACACCUGCCCAGGUCUUGGGCAUUGCCAACUGUACCGGGCCGCUGCUGGGCAACGUCCUCCCCUGGGAAGACAAGCUGGUGGAAGCCUUCGGGGGUGCAAAAAAGGCCACCUUUGAUGUCUGCAAGGGAAGGGCCAAGGCAUGAGGGGCUACUUCAUCCAGGGUCCCUCCCUUGCCUGCCAUUUUGGGGACCUUACAGUGGGGGCACACGUUCCCUCCUCAGCCUACCUACCCACUGGCCUUCCCUCCUGCCCUAUUCCUGGCCAGGCCUCCUGUUUCCCCACCUAUACCCACACCUCCAGAAUGCCCUACCCUGCAAUGGCUGUCCCCUAACACCACUUGGAUGGGGACAAGCAGCUCAAGCCCACAGGUCAAGCCUGGGGUGAGUCUAGGGUCUGGUUGGGGGUGGUAGCAGUGCCCACAGCACUGCCCACCCUUUUGGCAUUACACUGGAGCUGUCUCUUACCCCCACCCACCCUGGCCCAUCAACCACGUCUGAAUCCACUAAUCUCAACGGCAUGUCUCAUGGAGUUGUGUAUGGGGGGCAGGACCUACUAUCUCAGUGGCAGACGUGGCUGUCUGCCCUCCUGUCCCCCAUGCAACAGGCCCGGCCCCUUCCCCUUCAGAGCCACAGCAAGCUCUAGAACUGUGCUCCCAGCUGAGAAGGGGAUGACCGAGACAUAGGGAGACUCAGAAUCACCCAUCCUCCAUCUUUCCACCAGUUGCCAGUGAAGGACAUCUUGAUGGAGCCUCCUGCACCCUCUCUCUCCUUCCUCUUUCCUUGUUUCUUUGUAUGCAGUGGUUUGAAUGUUGGUUCCAUGCCUGGCCUACCCCCACCUCAAUUUCCAGGAUAUCCCCUUCCCGGCUCCAGCCUGAGGGACCAGGACCCUGGGAGGCCAGAAGGCCACAGUCACCCCUUGUAUCCAUGCACAUGUGUGCUAACUGGCAGGUCACCUCUCCUCCACGCCCAGGACAGGGCCUGGGCUAGGAGCAGCUUGUGGCAGAGGCAUAACCCAGGUUAUGGCAGAGCCACAUGACCUAAUCCCUCUGCAUGGCCCUGCAGCCUCUGGGGAAGGAAGGAAGGAACUGAGUGGGCGAAGAGGGGAGAAGCAUGGAGUGGUGUGUAGAGCACUGGCUGAGAAGGAGCCCACGGUUCCUAGCCAGCCCUGCUGCUAACCUGCUGUGUGGCCUUCUGUAAGUCUCUGCCCUCUCCGGCCUGCCUUCCUCAUUUGUAAGCUGACGCCUUUGCUUUGGUCAUUUCUGAGAUCAAAUGUGAUAUGAUCUGAUUCCAAGUGGCUAGGGCGGGGCAAGCCUGAAGUUGCCCAGGAACCAGGGGACAUAGCAGGCACAGAUCGUGAGAGUAGGCAGCAGAUGGGAUCUGGCUGGGCAUGGGUCAGGGUCAGCAGCUCCUCCAGAGAGUCAGGGGCAAGGGCAAGGGCCAAAGCAGACCGACUUCAUGCACAGAUUGUAAAAACCAGCUUUUCUGGAUCGCCCUCCAGCCUGCACCCUUGCCCAUUGGAGAGGACUGGUGGCUUCUAGCUCCCCUACCUGAGUACUUGCCAGCGCCCCCGAGAGAGUAGAAGAAUGUAAAAGCUGAGGAAAGCCACCCAGGCUGACUCUUGCUUGUAUAGAUGGAGAAGAGUUCCAAGAGGUCAAGUGACUUGCACAGGGUCACGCAGCACAAUGUGGCAGAACCAGGACUAGAACCCAGGGCUUCUGACACCCUCUUCAGUGCCCUUCUCCCCUACACCGUACUGCCUGCCCAUGAAUGUCUUUGAGUCCGGCCUGCAUCUGAGAGGAUGGACAUUUGAAAGAGGUCAGAAUGCUUUCCAACAUGAACAUCUUCCUUUAUGAAACACACAAACAUCUUGGCAUCCAGCUCCCUCCAGGAAGUAGGGGGGGGAAGAGGGGUGAUCCCCAGACACUCUGGCAGGAAUGGAAAGCAGGUAUCCCUUCUGUCAGUCACCUACCAGGUGUCUGAGCAGCUGCAGGCUACCUGACUCGAGAAGGUACUGGUGCCUUUUGCCCUGCUUUCCAUUCCCUGUCCCCACUCCCCGUUCCCCAACCACUUAACCCAAGGCAUGAUUCAAGAGCUUCAGGCUGUGGGGCCCAUUGCCAUGGAGGCUUCUCCAAGACUUGUUGCUUCCAGCCCCCAGAUCCUUGUUGCCAUUUCAAGAGCACAAACAGACCAUUCAGCACCACGGGCCCAACUCCCUCUAGAAGUGAUGGCGUGCUUCAGCCCGAACCUGCUGAGACCAAGGUUGCCCUGGUAACAGCCAAUGACAUCAGCCCAAGCGCUGGGUCAAGCGGCUCUUAAUGACAUAUGCUGUUGCUGGGGUGACAGCAGCAUUCAGAACUUAGAAUUCGGGGACACUGGGCUUUAUUGGAUUUCCCUUAUUGGUUUUAAGGAAGCAGCUUUUGUAGAGGCCUUGGGGAAAAGAAGGGGCCUUAGGAGGAACGUAACAGAACUUGAACCCACCCAGAGGCAUCAUCCCAAGUCCUUCAUGCUUUGUCAUGGUGAUAAUGAGACACCUGACCUUGGUCCCGUGCUGAGUCACUCUGGUCAGCCCUCCAGAGGGAACAGGAACAAAUUAGAGGUGUUGAGUGGCCUAGGUGCCAUUUCCAUUCCAAGAAGGUGAAAGCCCCAAAGCCCCCACCCCCUUCCUUCAUCCAUUCCUGCUGUAUGGACCCCCAGCUUCGGUCUUGUUCAGCUGCUCCUGGGCAUGGCCAAGAAGACAUGGAAAGAGGAGCUAGAAAUGGUGCUCACUAGUGUCCCUGAGCUGCUCUGGCUAACAGUGAUGCUGGGGCCUGUUUGUUACAUCUUUUUUUUAAGUGUCAGGCACUGUGCUGAGCACCUCACAGGCAUCAUCUCAUUUAUCCUCACAACACAGUUAUAAACUGGGAUUGUUUUUAGCCCCGUUAUCCUAGGAAGGGAACUGGGGCACAGAUUGGUUAAGUAACCUACAGUGCUUAUCAGCUGGCAGGUGAUGGAGUCCAGACUUCAAACCAAGGCAGGUUACAGCCAGGACUGAAGGGACAGGCACCCCAACUCUCUAUGGAGUGGAACUUGAGCAUCAUUGUUCUUGGUGGGUUUUGCCCUAAAGAGAUGUGCUUGACCUCAUUCACUGCCCUCACACGAUUUGUGAUGGAGGAAGAGGCCUGGGAUGGGCUGGCCCCAAGGCCGGGGCCCCCUUGGGUGAAGCCGUGGGAGAGGUCUCAACCCCUUCAGGGAGCCUCUGUCUCUACAGUGUGCCCAUCGCCUCAGCCCUUCUCCAACUGGCUAGAGUUUCCAGGAGAACUAAAAGGGAAGAGGAAGCUGGAUGGUCACUCAAGAGUCCCAAGCAGGGAAGGGGGAAAUGAUAUUUCUCAAACUUCUGCUUUGAGUCAAGCCCUGUGCCAGGUGCUUCACAGCUCUAAUCUGCCAGAUGCCCCCCCCCGCCCUUUGUGGUGUAUUUUGCCCCUAAAUCAACAUCCUGAGGGGACAGAUCACCUUGCCACAAUCAUGCAUGACCUAGGACCACAGUUGGGCAGAAAAGUUUCUUCAAGAGGCCCAAGCCUCAUUAUAUAGAUGAUGCCAGGGCCCCGGAAGGGUGAGUGGCCCUUGCAGCCACCCAGCUGGGACACCCAGAGACCUGAUCUGACUCUCCACAACACAGUAGUCCCUACCCACCACAAGAACUGGGUCCCUGCUCCUCUACAUUUUCUAGCACCCUGCCCUGACCCCUGGAGGAGUCCCUCCCAAAUAUGGGAUUAUUCUCUUCCCCUCUGUCCCAGCUGCCUGCCAUCCCCAACCCCACCUCACCCCUGCUGGGUAGGGAAGGGGCUCAUGUGGGCCCAGGCUGAGCAGUGAGUGAGCACAUGCAGCUGUCUGACACUGUGAAAUUAGUGCACCCUACUGGUGACCCACCCCCCCCUUGCCCAAUUUUGUACAUAAAGUGACAUGAGAUGCAACAUGUGUGUGUAUGUGUGUAUGUGUAUGAGAUAUGUCCAGGGUUUUGUUACUUUAUUGUUUUUGUAUAUUUGAAUGUUCAAAAUAAACGAUGUUUACUCUGAG